GGUUCAGGGCGGCCACCAGCCCGCCGGGUCGGAGGACGCGGUGUCUCUCCGGAGGCCCAAGGCCUGAGGCCUGAGGCGACACCAUAGGCCCGAGAUCAAGAAGCGGAGGCGUCGGGCAUCCGACCCGCGUCCCUGACGGGGCACGAUGCCGUCGACGGAGAAGAAGCUGUUGUUCUCGUCGGCCUUUUUCACCAGCUUGGCCGCCUUCAUCGUGGCCUGCUCCGUGCUCGGAACCCAGGCCUGGGUCACCAGCCGGAUCGCCAUGACUGACAUAGCCAGCAACGGCACCACCAUCCUCACCUACGGCCUGCUCACGGCCGUGGGCUCUCAGGAAACAGAAGCCGGCUUCACCUUCUCCGACCGGUCCUUCGAAGUGCUCUCCCAGCUGAAGGGCUCGGCUCUCCACACCGUCCACUCCUUUGUCAUCCUCUUCCUGGUCCUCGGCCUGCUCUGCUCCCUCUUCAGCACCGGACUCACCUUCUACAAUUCCGUGAGCAAUCCCGCGCAGACCUUCCUGGGACCGUCCGGCGUGUACGCCUCCAAUGGCCUCAACGCGCUCUUUAUCACUCUGUCCAUGAUACUCUUCGCGGUGAACACGCAAAUCAACGACUCGUCUGUGGCCCUGGCCAGAAAGGUUUACCCGAUCUGGAGUUAUGGAGAAACAACUCACAAGUACGGCUAUUCCUAUUGGCUGAUGCUGCUUGUCCUGCUGCUGGAUGGAGCCAGUAUUUGGAUCAUCGUGGCUUUCCAGCACCUGAGAUACAAAAAGAGGCAAGAGCAGAAGAGACCCAUGGAAUACGCUCCAAAGGACGGGAUGUUGUUCUGAACAACCAGUGACCAUUUCUGUAGGCCAAGAAGAACUCAUCCAUUCCCACCGGUCCCCUUUCCAUCCUUCCCUCCAUCCUCCCCUCCAUCCCUUCCCACAUCGCUCCCGCUCUCCAUCCCUCUGAUCCCAACGUACAUCAUCCUUCCCAGGUCCCGACGCUAAUUUUUCCGGAACGGAUUCUGCUCACUUCAGCUUAUCUUGAAGCGUUGGCUCUGAGGCGGGCUCUUGGGUCCCCUUUGAUAGACAGUCUCAGGGCCAGUUCUGCAGAGAUGAACUGACCAUCCAACGGCAGGGCGGGCGGAAUGUUUCCCGGCGGAGAUCACAGCCAACCGGCCACUAUGCGUCCGCCUCCUUGGCUUCUGGGCGAGGGAGGGGAAUGGCCCACAGCUCAGGCCUCCCACAUUGGGAGUCACCGUCAGAGCGGAGAACUGAAGAAACGGACAGGGGCCCAAUAAAGCCCGACUCCGAGGUGUCAGUGAGGCAGGGUGGGCCGGACCGGCUUGGACCCCAGCUCUGGGAAGCGGGCUGAGUCUCUCGGAGCAAAAUUCCUGUCGGAAGUAGUGGACCUGUGGGGUGGCUGCCCGGUGGGACGGAGCCGGGGGUGGGAGGCCGGAGAGUUGGAAGAGGAGGAGGGAGCGUGUCUUCGGCUACGGGAAUAUUCCAAUCAGGGACCUCCAAAUGGCUCUUGGGAGUUUGAGUGUCCCAAAGUCCACUGACCAUGAGUCAAUCAUUGCGGAGGGAAAUUCCAAAGUCACUGACUUCCAGUCGCCUCAUCAGAGUGGAAGCCCCUCGAGGGCAGAAACUGUAUCUUUUCUCUGAUUGGUUCCAGGCGCUGCACUCCUCGUCCACAUCCUCCCUCAGGCCUGGAAUGCCCACCCACUUCAUAUCGGACAGACCACAGCUCUCCUCACCUUUCAAAGCCCUCCUAAAAUCACGUCUCCUCCAGGAAGUCUUCCCUGACAAUUCCCUAUUCCCCCUUCUUCCCAUGUAGCUUGUGGGCUUCAGUCCAAACCCCUUAAGCACACAUCCUUUUAUUAGGUUAACUAGCAACCUGUAAUUUAUUUUAAUGUGUUCUUCUCUAGAUUGUAAGCUCCAUGAGGGCAGGGAUCUUGU